AUGGCUGCUGUUGCUUUGGCGCUUGGAGGCAUGCUCGCGCGCUCCGUGGCGCCGCGCAACGAGGACUACAUCCUCGUGCGCAAGUACGAGCCGGCUCCGCGGACCGCGACGCCGACGGAUGGGGCGCCGGCGCCCGCGAAGCUGAACCUGGGCAACAAGACCGUCUGGCUGCCCACGGCGGACAUCGAGGACAUCAUCGUCGUCGCCCACGCCACGGAGCACAUCGGCGUGCCGCUCAACGGCCUGAAGGACGUCUACGUCAUCGACCGCGUCUCCGGGAGGACCGUGCCCGCGGGCAAAUGGGCCGCGAGGCCCGAGGACGGCGAGCACGGCCGGCUCAUGGGCCGGCCGACGCUGCUGCUCUCGCGCACGUCGAAGGUUUUGCGGUGGCGGUUCUGUCUGCGGUCGCAGGUCUACGCGCUCCUGUCCGGGGACGCCGUGAGCUCGGUCGCCGCGGACAAGACGGGCAUCGGCUACGCGACCAAGAAGCUCGCCAUCGACGUCAUGGACUGGGACAUCAUCAAGCGCCUCGUCGGCUGCGCGGACGACGGCGGCGCGGCCCUCACGCGCUGCGUGGAGUCGAGCGGAGAGAGCAAAAAGUGGUCUCUCCGUCCCGACGACGUCAUGAACGUCCGGCGCGGCGCCUCUACGACGAUCCAGACGAUCAACCUGACGAGCGACGCGCAGCUCGAGGACGUGACCGGAGCCCUGGGCUCGCUCUGGAACGUGGGCGUGAAGGCGAGCCUGCUCGACGGAAGCGAGUCGACGGAGGUCGGAUUCGAGGAUCCCGAACGGGCCGACGACGCGGACGAGUGCGUGGCCUGGACGCUCAAUACCGUCGUCGGGCACGAUGUCUUCGACGGGUCGACGCCCCUGGAGGAGCCUACGGAGCCCGAGACGGCCGACGCGAAGGACGACGCGGUCACGCGGCCGCCCGGCUGCCCGAAGCCGAACAAGACGCAGCUCGAGUGGGUGGGCAAGUUCUUCGACGACGACGGCGCGACUGCCCGCGGGAAAUACGACGCGUUCUAG